AUGUCUACUUGGCAAGGUUGUUGUGAAGGUAGUAGAGUAACAUUCUAUCAGUCAUGCGAUUCAUCGCCCAAGAGAAAUCAGUCACUCACCGAAUUCAAGUGUGAAGGAUUCUCGGGUGUCUUUUCACCCAGCUACUAUAACCAGUAUAUAGCGGUGUGCGAUACCUGCUCAUCGAAACUGACCGGUGUCGGCAUUGCAGUGGUCGUUAUAGCGUGUUGCGUAGGAUUUGCACUGGUGAUGUCGCUCAUCAAGUACUGGAUGAGAAGAAGACGAUUCGAGCGAAAUAAGUGCGCAGCGGCACCGGCCGUAGUGAUGGUCACCACGCCACAGGUUGUCUACGCGCAACCGCCAGCACCAUACCAACCACCAGGAUUCAGCCAAGCACCGCCACCCGUUUACAUUCCACCAAACACACAGAUGCCGCAACAACCACCACCUCAAGCCUACAUUCCAACAGUACCACCAGCAGCCGCACCAACACCUUACUACCCACCGGGUUUCGAACCGCAAGCAGGUGUUCCAGCUGUACCCUAUGGUCAGCCAUACGGCGGUCAACCAAAUCAAAACAUAGGAAUAGAUAGAAAUUAUUAA